AUGGGGACCCUGACGAUCGGUGCCAAGUACAGGACGACGCUCAGGGACCCCGGCACCAGCGGCGUCCUCAGCAUGAGUGAAGAUAAGUUCACAUUUACCCCUCAUGAUACAUGCUCAUUAAUGGUGCUCAAUCUCGAUUUCCGAAGCAUCAAAGGUCACAAGUUCAACAGAGUAGAUUGUAGCAAACCAACACAACCGUUACUGAAUCUUUUACAAAAUUCUGACAAGGGGGGAGGCUAUAUUUUUGAGUUUGACAAUGUUGGUGACCGUGAGUUGUGUCGUGACUUUGUAGCUAGGGUUUUUGCCGAAAUGGAGCGGCGAAUGAGAUUGCUUCGAGAAGACAGUGAACUGCGGAAGUUACAUAAGAAGUUUGUUGUUUCCAGUAUUCUGCAAGAGUCUGAAUUUUGGGCGAUUAGAAAGAAUUUACUUGACGAUGAAGCAAAUCAAGCAUUGAAACAAAAGCCAGGUGUCAAAAAUGUGAUGGUAGCUGAUGUUAGGCCAUCAGCCAAUGGACAGGCCUUGUAUUUUGGAACGGAGUUAGUACUUCUGCGUGAUCUUUGGCAGACAAACAAAGUUCCUAUCAGACCGACAACCGAGAUGAUCCUUGAGAUUUUUUUGGAAAAGCCAGCCGUGCAUCAGGCAUUUUUGGAUUAUGUCCCAAAGAAGAUAAAACGAGUUGAUCCAGUAUUUGACAUGGAAGUAGAUGCAGGAGAUGACUACAUCCAUCUCCCGGAUCAUGGGAUUCUCUGCGAUGGCACCAAAGAGACAACUGAUACUGAUAUUGAAUUGGCUAGGAGAACACUUUCUCAGGAUCUGAAUCGGCAUGCUGCUGUCGUUCUUGACGGGAGAUCAACAGAUAUCAAAUCAGCUGAUACGAAGACUGUUGCUGAAGCACUUGCAAGGUCUAGGAAGGAAAGACCUUUUAGUUCUGUUGCUGAUGAUGCUAGUCAUGAGAGAUCAAUUAAGAUGGCCCGCAUGACUGAGAUAGAGGACCUGCAAGUUCCAAGAAGUAUACCAUAUGCAACACUUUGUAUAAAGGAUCCUCGAGAAUUUUUCGAUUCUCAGCAAGCAAAUGCUCUGAGAUCUUUAGGUGAGAACAAUGGUGUAAGAAAGGCUCACAGCUGCAGCCUGAGCACCGAUGAUGCAUUCCGUCAUUUGAUGGAUCAAAUAUCUUCUGUGAAAUUGAACUGUCUGAUUGUUCAAUCAGAUUUGGCUCUUAAGGUUCUUAAUGAAUUGAAUGAAGGAAUUUCACAAUCACGAAGGCUUAGUCUUAAGAAUCUCCAAGACAGUCUCCUUGGUCGUCUUCCACGCCGAACACGAGAUGAACUUAUGGACCAUUGGAUGGCUAUCCAGGAGUUGCUGCACCAUUUUUGGUCAUCGUACCCAAUAACAACUGCAGCCCUUAGAAAUAAGGUUCAAAGGGUUCUAGGUGCAAUGACACAGAUAUAUCAAACGUUGCAGGAUAUAAAGGAAUCAGCACUGCCUGAUGUAAGACACGAGAUAUCUCGACUUGUAAAGCCCAUGACCCAGGCUCUGGAUGCUGCCUUCGACCAUGAUCUAGACCAGCAGCAGAAAUCUUCAAAGCCUGGGAACAGCCCCAGCGGGUUUUGAACAGAAAGCUUCACCCGUGAGCGUGAGGAGUUAAGACGAUUACUGCCGGAGCUUGACAGCUGCCACGCCUCAUCUCUAGCCGGCAAUGCUCUCCCAGUCUAGAAGCACUCCUGUAGGCUUGAUUUGAUUUUUCCCCUGCAUUUUUUGUUUACACGUUCAACAAAAAUCUUCAGCAGUGGUGUGGAAGCAUUGGGCUACCCCCAAAUGCAAGAUUUUCACUUGGCUUGUGCUUCAAAAUAGAGUGUGGACGGCGGAUAGGCUCGAGCGCCGGGGGUGGCAAAAUUGUGGAAAUUGCAAGCUUUGCAACCAAGCUCAAGAGUCCGCGGAACGCAUUCUCUUCACUUGCCGUUUCACAAGACGGGUGUGGCUUAACAUCAAGGAUUGGCUUGGUCUUGUUGACGUCGAACCGGAUAGAUGGACCGAGGCCGCCACGGUCUAUGAGUGGUAGACAUGCUUUGUGCAAAAAGAUGGGCAAUCAAGAAGGGCGAUGUCCUCUCUUGCCAUGCUUGUGUCAUGGGAGGUGUGGAAAGAGAGAAACGCACGUGUGUUCCGGAACCAUUGCUCCACCGUUCACAUGGUUGCAACAAGGAUAAAAAACGAGGCGACUCUUUGGGUUUCCGCCGGAGCUAAAACGUUGGGUAAUGUAAUGCCGGGAGAGUAAUCCAUAUCUUUCUUUUGGGUCUUGGCUGCGGCCUUGACCGUUUGGUCGUUUGUAACUUUCUUAAACCUUCUACUCUAUCAAUGAAAAUGGCAAA